AUGGCAUUCCAGCCGUGCCCCGUGUUCACCCAGCCAGCAGCCACCAGAGGAUGCUACCCAUCCCCAUUCAGAGACUGGAGGACCGGUCUACUGGACUGCUCCGCGGACAGGACCAUCUGUGCCUGCGGUGCCUUCAUUCCGUGCAUCCUCGCUUGCAAGGUGGCCAUCGAUUAUGGGGAGUGCUGCUGCCUUCCCUACCUGCCUGGAGCUCUUGUCGGCAUGCGGACGGGCCUGCGGGAACAGCUGCGCAUAAAGCUGGCCCGGGAGCUGAAGAGUUCGUGCUAG